UACCCUAGUUUUUUUUUUCACUGAGCGAAGGCACACAGCCGCAGCCCCAUCUUCAUCUUCCUCGCAGCGCCGGCGUUCCAUCUUCCGCUCCUCCCUUAUUCGCGCUCGGCACGCAGGCGGCGGCGGCGGCACUCAGGCUCGGGAUCUCAGCGACGGCGCUCAGGCUCGGGAUCUCAGCGACGGCGCCCAGGCUCGGGAUCUCAGCGACGGCGUCAGCGGCUUCCCUUCAGCCUCGCGCCCUCGCCUUCGAUCCUCCGCACACCGGCCGGUGACCCUGCGUGCGUGCCCCUCUCUCUCUCCGCCCGCUUCCGGUGGAUCGUCAACGGCGCCCGAUCCCUGCGCCGCGCGCAGUGUGAGGGCCGCGGGAGCGCGUUAUUUCUCUGAGGGCACUCAUGAUUUAGCACAAGUCAUACUGAUCUCUAACUCUGGUGACAUAAGCUGUUGUUAGGGUAGCAAAUCAAGAGAUAAAAAUGGCAGAUUCAAUGGUAGCGAGCUUCUGGGGGCCUGUUACAUCAACAACUGAGUUGUGCGAGGAGAAUUAUGCACACUCAUCAUAUAUAGCAGAAUUCUACAACACAAUUUCUAAUGUCCCAUGUGUUCUUUUGGCGCUUAUUGGAUUAGUGAAUGCUUUCCGCCAAGGUUUUGAGAAGCGAUUCAGUGUCCUGCACAUAUCCAAUAUGAUACUUGCUAUUGGGAGUAUGAUUUUUCAUGCCACCUUGCAACUUGUCCUACAACAGAGUGACGAGACUCCAAUGGUCUGGGAGAUCCUUCUUUAUAUGUAUGUCCUUUAUUCGCCGGACUGGCAUUACAGGAGCACAAUGCCAACCUUCCUUUUCCUAUAUGGUGCUGCCUUUGCUGUAGUUCAUUUCUUUGCCCGGUUCCAAUUCGUAUUCAAGCUGCAUUACAUUGGCCUCUGCUUCCUCUGCAUCCCCCGGAUGUACAAGUACUACAUACAGACCAAAGACGUGGCUGCGAAGCGGCUCGCAAAGCUGUGGGUUCUCACGUUAACCCUUGGGACUCUCUGCUGGCUAGUUGAUCGCAUCUUCUGCAAGAAGCUUUCGCAUUGGUAUGUCAACCCGCAGGGGCACGCAUGGUGGCAUGUGCUUAUGGGCCUCAACUCAUACUAUGCAAACACAUUCCUAAUGUUCUGUCGGGCUCAGCAGCGCGGGUGGGAGGCGCGAAUCACCUACCUUCUUGGAUUUUUGCCUUAUGUCAAGGUCCAGAAACCAGAGAAGAAGAGGGAAUGAUUUGUCUCUGCUUAACACUGAUGCUACUCAGUCCACCGCCAGUAAGCUAAUGUCUAUCCCCCACCCCAUCCCCCACCCAAUGUGCGCAGACAAGUUGUGGCAUUUUUGUAUAUGGGCAUCCAAAUGAUUACGGACUAUAAAUGUUCUGAUGUCACACUGGAUUUCGGUAACUUUUGACUGGCACCUGUUUUGUACCAUACUUAAUCAUCGAACGGAGAUUAGUUGGAGUGGUUGGUUGGUGUCCUAGUUUUGGCCAUCUUUCUUUUGGUUUCUUUGCAAUUGCCUUUUGGUGGUAAUAGGACAGGGUUAUUUGUUUAUUCGUUUGUCGUUGAAUGGAGUCCAGUUGUACUAGUUAUCAUCACUCCGCAUGGGGAUACAUCCUUCCAUAUGAUGACCGUUAAUUCAUUGACUUGUGUUGGUGCCAA